UGUGGCACAUAAUUUGUCCGCUUCUUUUGUAGUUCUAAAUAACUAUUCCAAUUCAACACAACAAACUUCUAAAUCUAAGCACACUAAUAACAUAUUUUGAUCAUUAAACACAUUGUUCUUGACAAGAUAAUUAAGCAAUUAUUCUCGAGGAACGUGAUGAGACGGUUGAUUACCAGUGGCACUGCAUGCCGAUGCAUUGAAUCAUUCUCGGCGUCAUUGACUGCAACUGCAAAGGUGUCUCCAUUGCUGACGCCAUCGGGUGAACCGGUGAUGGCGACGAGGGUGCUCUAUUUUCAGUGGGGGAGCAGAAGAGCGAUGAGCUCAUUUCCGGAUGUGAUUUCUCCAAAGUCGACUGCCACAAUAAAGAAAAACGAGGACAAGAAGAAAGGUGACAACGAUUUGAAGGAGAAGGAGAGGAACAACGAGUUGAUAGUUUCGAGCUAUUGGGGGGUCGUCCGACCUAAGAUCAUGAGAGAAGAUGGUAGUGCAUGGCCAUGGAACUGUUUCAUGCCAUGGGAGACAUAUGAAGCAGACUUGUCGAUAGAUCUAAGCAAGCACCAUGUACCAAAGACGUUCAGUGACAAGUUUGCCUUCCGAACGGUGAAACUGCUAAGAAUCCCAACUGACUUGUUCUUUAAGAGGCGAUACGGGUGCCGCGCAGUGAUGUUGGAAACAGUGGCAGCCGUUCCCGGUCUUGUAGGAGGGCUUCUUUUGCACCUUAGGUCUCUCCGUAAGUUUGAGCAGAGUGGAGGGUGGAUCAAAGCAUUACUAGAAGAAGCUGAGAACGAGAGGAUGCACCUGAUGACGAUGGUGGAGCUUGUGCAGCCUAAGUGGUAUGAACGGCUGCUGGUUCUUGCAGUUCAGGGAGUGUUCUUCAAUUGUUUCUUUCUGCUCUACCUCUCUUCAUCCAAAGUGGCACACAGAAUCGUGGGGUACUUGGAAGAGGAGGCCAUACAUUCGUACACAGAGUUCCUUAAAGAUAUAGAGAGUGGGAAGAUUGAGAACGUUCCUGCUCCUGCCAUUGCAAUAGACUAUUGGAGGCUUCCAAAGGAUGCAACUUUAAAGGAUGUUAUUACCGUCAUUCGUGCCGAUGAAGCACAUCAUAGAGAUGUCAACCACUUUGCUUCUGAUAUACGUUUUCAGGGGAAAGAAUUGAAGGAGGCACCGGCUCCUCUUGGUUACCAUUAAAUAUACUACAUAACAUAAAUGCAUAAGCACAUCAUGCAUUCAUUUCUUUUGUAGCUGAAUGCAUAUAUCGCACGCUUCUUGUGACUACGUGUCGCUCUAAAGUCUAAAUAAAGCAUUCCCGCCUACUUAAAAAAUCACCCUUAGGGAGAUCCUGAGAUGUAGGAAUAUGUCAUUUGGAUUGCUAUAUUCUACUAUCUUGUGUAAGAUUCUAGAGUAAAAUCUACAUUAACUCUCAUGUUUACUGUAUGUAUACUUCUAGCCUCAUAUGAGAAGAUUAUAUACCCCUUAUCAC